UUGCAUUUUCGGCGAGUUUUCUAACUGCAAAUAUGUUGAUCUUUUCUUUAGCCUUCCUAAUCAGCACAAGGGGAUUUGUUUAGCGAAACGAAAUGCCUUUCCGAUUGCUAAGAAAAAAGGACAAGGCAAAAAUUAAAAGCACAAAAGAAAGACUAGUUCAUGGAAAGUACACGAAACGAGAAGACUCGACCGAGAUCUUGCAAGAGAAACUCAAGAAAAGUGUAUCUUCUCCAAAUCUUCCUGCAGAAUUCAAUGUCUCAACUAGCAUUUUACCAAAUGCUUCUGCACUUUGCCACAGCAAUGACGAUGCAACACAUCAGAAUGCAGGGAUAUUGAUGCUUGGACAUGGGCAGGCAUUACAUAUAAAUAAUGAAAUUCAAACUCAAGCAGGGGUUUCUACUGAUAAUUCAUACCAUUAUGAAAGAAAUCAUAUGACAGAUACUUCCAGACAGAACAUGGUAGCUGAAUCAUGUGAAUCUUGCAACAAGAUCCAAGGAGGAGGCUCAGGCCAUGGGCACCUGAAUGCCAUUGAACAAGGAUAUCGACAUCCACCUUCUUAUGCUGAACUAAUUCAACAAAAACCUAAGCCACCACUAGAUAAAUAUAGACAUCCUCCUCCAUACAGAGAGACUAGAGAUGCUCACCUUUCUUUCAAUGAUUUAUAUUCUGGAGGAAUUUCCUCGGAUCAACGCAAUGACUUAAUUUAUAGACUUAUGACAAAUAAAAACAGUGGUAUGAACAAUUCAGUGUAUGAUGGUUAUUCUCAGUCGCAGCCAUGUUUGCCAAGCACUUCAUUUGCCAGGGAUAACAAAGGCGUUAAAGUGGAUAAGGAAACAAUGACUGAUUCAUACCUGUAUCCUGAAGGCAAAAGUCCAGAUAGUAUAAAUGGUUAUAGUUUGUACACAAGCCAUGCAACAGUAAUGACAGACCCUUAUGCCUAUAACCAAGGAUAUCUUUUAGAAGAUGAUGGUGUUAUUUCCUUCCCUGAGCAAAGUCAUAGUGUAGUAUCAAAUGAUUUAUAUGGUGCAAGUGGCAGAUCUAUAACUACUAGUUGUCCAUCAUUUUACAAUCGAAAUGAUAUUGCUGAGCAUGGGAGCAAUAAUAGCUGUAUAAGUUUUCCUGUAUUUCAGCAAGGGGGAGUUAUUCCAGGAAAUGAAUUGGACAAUAUCCUUCCACCAGGAUGGGAAGUAGCUGUCUCCCCAGAUGGCAGGAAAUACUAUAUUGACCAUCACACUAAAACAACUGUAUGGAGACACCCAAUUCACAAUGAAGAUCUUCCUGAAGGGUGGGAGAGAGUUGAAUUACAGCAAUAUGGAAUGUGUUAUUUCAAUCACCAAAAGAAUAUAGCACAACAUGAACACCCAGGACAARCUGAAUACAUCAAGCGCUACAAACAAGAACAACACUUGAGCCUUCAACCAGAAAGUAAACAAGUUUACAUCCAGGAUGAAUUAUCACAUAAUGCAUUUARCACUGGAGAAAUCCCAACAUGGUUGAUGAUCUAUGCCCAUGCUUCCCCAGAGCACGAUGGUUUUCUCAAGUGGGAGCUAUUCCGAUACAGCGAGUUGGACUGUUGGCAGACCAUAAUGAAGAGACUUUUCAAGAAAGAAGUUGAACAGAUAGUCAUGAGAUACGAAGAAUAUCGACAAGCGUUACAAAGAGAGAUUGAAAGAAGGCAAAAGCAGCAAAAAAGACUUAGCUCUCAAGCUUUGGCCGACUUGGAAAAGGAAAGCGAUGUCUGAAAACCUACAAACUUGAUAAUUAAAUCAACACAGAGUUUUGUAGUACAACGCUGAACAUGGAUGAAGUAUUUAGUCUUUCUUUUUCGGUAAAUUGUUUUCGUCUUCUUAUUGUCUCUAUUGAACUAAAAAAACCCAGUCAUUUAAUAUGCUUAAGCUGAAUUCCUAUAAUAGACCUCGAGGUUAUUUGAAGUAGGGAAAACUAUUUAAAGAAAAAAUGUAGAAAAUAUGGGAACCUCCUCAAGUGCGUUUCAURUAAGGGARUAAUUAUUUUAUUAUGAACUYGUCGACAAAAGUAUAGGGCACAGAAGAACGUAACAUAGAACAGAGCUUAUGUCUAAGAUAAAAAUAAUAAAAAUACCUGAAAAGUAAACGUAAUUUUCUACUUAAUGUGCUGUCAGUGACUUUACAAUUGUUGUUUUUAC